AUGGCUGCGCUUCAGGUCGCCGAUAUCUUCGAUGCCCAUGCCGCCGAAGCCCCCAUCCACCGCCUCGUAUCGGUACUCAACACACAGGCAGCCCAGAUCCGCGAGCUACAGGAAGAUCUACGGCUUUUGCGGGCCGCACAGCGCCAGACAUGCGCAGACUGCCGUGCUCUGCACGCCACAGUCUCUCCACUCGUUCCCCGUAUUCACACGACGGAGAACGACGUCGUCGCUCUGAAGCAAUUCCAAAUUGCAGCUCAGAGACAACUCGAGACGAUCAAGCGUCAACUUCAAGGCAAAGCAGACUGCCAGGAGGUUAAAGCUGUCGAAAAUCGUGCCAAAACGAGCUCAGAACAGCUCGAAAAUGAACUCCGCAGUGAGCUCGCUACUUUGCAGCUGGUGCAGUGUCUACAAGCAGAGCAGAGUGAGCUGCACGAGCGCUUAGAGACUGUUGAUAGACAACUAUCCUUCAAAAUGGACAAGUCAGAGGCAGCACGACUGGAUGGUGUUUUGGUUCAGAUUCACGGCUUUCGACCGAUGGUCACGCAGCUGUCGGCUCAAGUAAAGGGCAUGCUUGACGACGUCGAAGAUCGUCACCAUCGAGUUGUAGCCCCGCAGAUCCGACGGCUGGACGAUACGACAGAGCAACUGCAUCAUGCGUUAGAUGAGGCCAAAACUGCUGCAGCUACAAGCGAUACAGCGCUGCGCACGCUGUCGGCCAAGUUUCACUCGAGUGCAGGCGCAUUUGCCAACCAGAUCCAACAACAAUCUCGCCACUUUGAGAAAAUGGCUCCACGUUUCGAAACAGAAGUUCAGUUGAAGAACUUGAAACAGCAAAUGGCUUCAAAAGUUCCAGAUUUAGAACAUCGAGCUCUAUCGUCCAGUGUAAAAGGUCUACAAGUUAGUUGCGGGAAGCUGAAGGAACAUGUGGAGCUGAGCACGCGCUUCAUGGACUGGUUUGCACGUCGUGGGGAAGCGUACGAGCACAAUCUGGAGCUCGUGGAAACACAACUGGGUCGCCUUGCUAUGGCUUCGCAUCCUCGAAGCCGCGAGCCUUUUGGGGAGCAUGUUCGCUUCCCUAGAUCUCCUUGA